AUUAACUUGGAAUAUUGCAAAUGUUUAACUGGUUGAUUAGUAUUAACCAUAAGUCACAUACUUGGAUUCAUUGGGAUCUUUGAACUCACAACAAUUUUCAUUAUGUAAUUGAGCAAGUAUCUUCUUGAUGUGGUGUGAUAGAGACAAGACAACUUCUUCACCGUUUCACUUGAUUUAAUACUCAGAAUACAUAUGUCUCCUCUCCCCAUGCGCCAGACUUGCUGUCCAGCCACAGGAACAGAAGGGCAGAGCGCGUGGUGGCGGACAUUGGGUGGACUCCUCCUAGCCAGGGGUGGGUGAUGGUGAAUACAGACGGGGCUUCGAAUGGCAACCCUGGGCCGGCCGGCGCGGGGGGUGUGAUCAGAGAUGCGAUGGGGAACUGGCUUGGUGGUUUUGUCGUGAACAUCGGAACAGCAACGGCAGCUUUGGCGGAGCUUUGGGCUAUUUUUCAUGGGUUAGAGCUGGCUUGGAAGCUUGGGUUCCGAGUGGUGAAGCUCGCUUCGGACUCUCAGUUAGCGAUUCAGCUUAUUCAGGAUCGGCAGGAUCCCAUUCACCCUUAUGCUACUCUGUUGGGUCUCGUCCGUAGGAAGCUCAGUCAGGACUGGCUGGUCAACCUGUCUCAUACAUACCGUGAAGGGAAUAGAGUCGCGGACUGGCUCUCGAAGCACAGUCUCGUCUAUCCCUAUGGGAUGCAUGAGCUGGUUGACCCGCCUCUGGGAGUGGUUCCUCUUAUUAUGGACGAUUUGAUGGGGGUUACUUUUGAACGCCGGGUUGUGGCGAACUCCCCUUCUUCCAUUUCUUGAUUCUCCUCCCCUGUACCUUGUUGUCUGUUUCUCUGGCUUCGGCCUCCUUGCUAUGCAAAAAAAAUAUAUACAAUGACUUCAU